GUUUCAAGAGAAAAAUCCUAGCUAAAAACUUUUACUGCUAUUUAGGAGAACUCUUAGUGGCUUCCUAUGCAAAUAGACCAAUCAAGCGAAUCAGGAAGAUUGUUGGUUGGCUGGCUAUUAAACUUGCUACUUCCUCAUCAAAAUACUAUAAAAACAUUUGGGCGGCUCAUCAGUUGAACACAGAAGUUUUUGCUGUAUUGACUGUAGUCCAGGAGCACUUCUCUCUGCAGAGCUCUGAUUAAAACAUCAUGCAGUUCGCCUGCAUCACUUUUUUUCUCUUCACUUCUACCUUGACUAUAGGAUGGGCAAGAAGUGUAGACCUUCAACUUGCAGAACCACAAACACCCAUCCUUUCCACGAUGAACAUGUGCGCCGAUUGCAAGCAGAUUGUUCAGUUGUUGACAGAAAUCCUCUCCAGUAAAGACUCACAGCAUCUCAUUGAAAAAGCUCUGGAUAGGUUUUGUUAUGAACACCCCGUCAUCCCUUUGUGUAUGGAUGGAGCAAAGACAUAUGUACAUGUGAUCAUCAGACAUUUCAGUGCAUUUGCAAAUCAAAACGGUGCCAUAUGCACAGUGUUGGGACUGUGUGGCAGCCAGUCUAAGAGAAAAGCACCAUCAGAGCUCACCGCUGGCCUGAAUGAGCUUGGUUUGCUCUAUGCAAAACCCUCAAGAGGAACUAGCCAAGAGAUUCAAUUCAAUCCCAUCUGUACCUUCUGUAUUUUCUUUAUAAAGACAAUAGAGAGCAUGUUGCCUAAAGAGAGAACUGAAGUGGCUAUAGUGAACCUUCUGGAGAAAAUCUGUGACUAUUUGCCUUCACAAUAUAAGGACACGUGUAAUAACUUCAUAAAAACGUACGGAAAGCAGCUGAUUGAUCUGCUGUUAUCCUCCCUCUCUCCACAUGCCAUCUGCUCUGCGCUGGGUCUGUGUCUUUUCACAGAGACACCACUGUCAUUAUCAGACUGUGAGUCCUGUAAGAUACUUACAGUCCUCUCACAGUUUCAUUUGGGUCACAAUGCCACAGAUAUCCAGACCUCUGACCUGCUCCAGAAGAUGUGCCACCUCCACCCCAAUGCUAUUCCUCGAUGUGAAGGGUUUGUGAAGCUGCAUGGCCACAGGCUCCUGAAGAGCGAUGGGAAACAACAUGCCCUUACUGCAUGUGAGAAGGAUUACCUUUGCAAGGGACCCAAAUGACCCCAAGUGAUCAUUCGAGUAAGACUCAAAAGAUCAGAAAACCAACAACGUUUUACUAUACUUAAAGCUUUUUCUAUCCACUCCAUUUGCCACACAAAAUCAUGGGAAAUUUGAGACAUGAAAGUAAAUGUAGAGACAAUGACUGUUCAGUCAGUUUCAAAUUGGCUUAUGUGCCAAUAUGUAUUUAAAUGUACCGGUACUGAACUACUUCGUUAUUAUGCGUUUAUCUGUAUUUCCAGACUCUGAACCUCACUGAGUAAACAUCAACAUAACAU